GUUGUUUAGAAGAGGAGGAGGGGGCGGCAUUAGUGUCCUGGGAAGGGUUAAAGGUGAGAGGUCAGGAUUCCGGCUGCUGACCCCCAAGGGGGCUGGGGAGGGGAACGGGACUCCGGUGCUUAAGCGAGGAAAAAGAAUUAAGAGGCAGGAGAAGGAUGACAGAUAUGGCAGAUAAUCAUAAGGAAAAUUGGGCAGCCCUGGUGGCUGCAGCGGAACAGUACCGGCGUCAAACAGGCAAUGAAAUUGUUUUGCUCACAGCCUUCCGGGCAGCACCACCUGGCAACUACGGCUAUGCACAGCAUGGGAGUGGGGCUCUGGCAGAUGCUGUUCAACGCUACCUCGAAGAUAUUGCAGUGGUUCACAAAACCACUGCUUUCACCUAUGCUGCCCGCCCUCCCUCAACCCCUCGUCCGCCUCCCCCACAAGGAUCCUACUCCCAGAGUUACCCUCCUACCUAUGCUCCAGAUGAACCUGCCCCACACAGGACGCCUACCUUCCAGGGGGCCUUGCCUCAGGCUUCUGGAGGCCAAGAACCUGAAGAUGAAGAUGAUGAAGGGGACAGGAAUACAUUGACUGAGCUGGAACAACCGGGUGGGAGAGAGCCUCCUAGUGACACUACUGGUCUGUUUGUGAUGGAUGAAGAUUCUCCAAGCCAAGAUUAUGAGCCUUUUUUCGAUUCUGAUGUAGAGAGCACUGACGAUGGGAGUCUAAGCGAGGAGGCUCCAGGACAGACAGCUCCUCCACCCCCAAGCCAUCAGUAUGCCAAAUCCCUGCCUGUCUCGGUGCCCAUCUGGGGCUUUAAAGAGCAACGUCAAGAGAUGCGCUCCUCUGACGAAGAGAACAGUAAGCAUUCAUCUCCCGACCUCGAGAAGAUUGCCGCCAGCAUGCGGGCACUGGUGCUUCGAGUUUCAGAUGGCACUGAGAUGUUCGGAGACCUGCCUCGGCCACGCCUGAACACGAGCGACUUCCAGAAGCUGCAGCGGAAAUAUUAAUAGAUCUGGCCGUUCCUCCUGUGGCGUCGGUGCCAUUUUCCUCCACUACCAAAAAUCGGCAGACAGGGUUCAGAGCACCUCUCAAGCCAUACAGUUCAAAUGCCGCCCUCCCGACCAGCCUUUGCUCCCCCAAGCUUUAAUUUAAAAUGGGUAACCUCAGUUUCACACUACAGAUAGGCUGGAAGGGUCAGUUACCUCCUUUUCCCCAACCCGGCAGCCUUGGCUUCUACAAUUUGAACCCUUAGAUAUACCAGCCCUUCCGAGAGGGGCUCCUGACACACUUUGAUCAAAUGUACGCACAGAAAGACAGGAACACUAGAGACCUCCUGGCAAAAAUAGCUCUACCCCAGCGCCCUGCCUCUGCCACCCCCAAGUCUAUCUUUCUGCAGCAAGUUCUUCGAAAUCCUCCCUGUCCCUUUUCCCUCCCCAAUAAGUGUCUUAAAAGAAGAUCCUUUGCACAGAAACCGGGCUUGUCUAUACUUCAAUUUAAAUUAACUACCUUUGUGGAACAGCGAAUGGAAGGAGGGGACCUUGUCAUCUUGCUGUUUUUUGUUCUCCUUUCUCCCACAUGUAAAUUUCUCCCCAUUUCCAGGAGUAGUAUUUCAGGGUCCUUUUUACUAUUGGGGAGGUUGGUGCAAAUGUGCCCUUCUACCCUGUGGCAGAUGGGAUGUGAAAGAGGGUCUAGGAGCUGUGUACAGCCUCUUGACUAUCCCACUCCACCCCAGCAUACUUUUGUAUCAGAUUUUCAGGGCCAUUUCUGGCCCUAGCCCUCUAUUUUUGUCCAAAGAUGAUUGGUGAAUUGGAAGGGAGAGGAUAGUUUUUUCUCCCUCCUGCCAGCCUAUAAGCCAAUAAUAAUAAUAAUAAUAAUAAUAAUAAAAAAGUUGUCUUUUACCA